CUUUGUUGAUGUCGCUGAAGAAUAUAUUUAUAAAAAUGAUAUUUAUAAAAUCCAAAUAACACACCCGAUAGUAAAAAUCAAACCUCCGUAAGAGCCACAACUCUGUAUGUCUAUAUAAAGUUUGUAAUUGCUCACUUUGAAUCGUGUGCAUGCGGGUAAGAGUUGGGGUUGGGGAGGUGGGGGGAGUGGCUUAUCAGGAACGGGGGUGCACUGAUGUAUUGGCCCCGACUUCAAGAUCGGUGUUCGGCCAAAACCUGAAAUCGGUGCACCCCUAGUUAAUGUUAAAGCAAAUCAUUGCUAUAGAAUAAUUAUUUUGGACAAGUGUGUCAAAACGGGUACAAAAGUUUUGUUUAUGCUGCGCUUCCAGAAAAAAAAGAAGAAAAAAAACCUCUGUGUUUGUAUUUCUUCUGUUUUCGUAAAUCAGUCCAUGUAUCAUGACAUCACAUGCACGAAUAUAUCGCCCAUCAUCAUUUAUUGGACUGAUGAUUGGCAGUGGGAAAAACCAUACAAACUACACCACCCUAAUGGGUGCCAAGCGGAAUGCGGCCCGGGUGGUCAGAGAGGCAAAAAACCAGGCUUGUGGAUAUAAGCAGCCACAAUGAGUUUUCUCCGCAGGUUGGCUGGGCUCUCCCUUAGAGAUAGGGUAAGAAGCUCUGUCAUCCGGGAGGGGCUCGGAGUAGAUCUGCUGCUCCUCCACAUUGAGAGGAUCCAGUUGAGGUGGUUCGGGCAUCUAGUUAGGAUGCCUCCUGGAGGCCUCCCUGGUGAGGUUUUCAGGCACGUCCAUCUGGGAGGAGGCCUAAAGGAAGACCCAGGACACGCUGGAGGGACUAUGUCUCUCAGCUGGCCAGGAAACGCCUUGGGAUUUCCCCCGAGGAGCUGGCUCAAGUGGCUGAGGAGAGGGAAAUCUGGGCCUCCCUGCUUAGGCUGCUGCCCCCUGCAACCCAAGCCCGGAUAAGCGGCUGAAAAUGGAUGGAUGGAUAGCGCUUCUCAAGAUAAACACUACGAGGCGCUUCACAAAAACAAAAACUGACAUUUUAAAAAAAGCUAUAUGGUAAUAAAAAUGGGGAAAAAGUAAAAAUUUGGAAAAAACAAUAUGUGAAGGGAGAAAAAUAAACCAAUAACAGAAUAGUAAUCACGAGAUCCCCAGAAAGACUGAAUUAGUUGAAACAGCAGCAUGGAGAGGAUGAAAUCUAACUAACUAACUAACUAACUAACUAACUAACAACUCUAAUUUCUUAAAUGCAUAAUGCAAAUUUUCUUGUUUCAAUUUAGCUACAAAAACCCAAAUCCACUAAAGAGAAGUCAUGCCUGUUGUACAUGCAAAUAAGAGUGUUCUACCUCUGACUUAUUCCCGAAGCCCCCGAAUAGAGGCAUUCAAACCUCAUUUCUGUGGUGUGAAAGUUUCUUUCACCUCCUAACUCAAUGGGUGUGUAGAAAUUUGGACUAUUUGAAUUUGACACUGUUACAGCCUCUAUUGGGGGGUAAGGAGAAGGACAGGGAGUAACACAGAGGCAUGUGUUUCAGGUGGGGAAAUUGUAAACAUUGAUUUUAUUAAAAGGAUUUUAAUAUGAUUAAAGGAUUUUAAAAUGACAAAAAGCUCCAAAACUAAAAGUACUUAAAACACACUGUUAAAAUGGCCAUGGGUUUAUGUUUAAAACAGAUAUCCGAACGCUCCCAAACAUUCACAAAACAAAGUCCACUGACUUAAACACAAGUUUGGGAGCCAAGAGGACGCCAGCACUCUGGUCCCUCGUCUGUUAAAAACCUCUAAAAGUAGUUAUGCUUCACCAAGCUUAAACAACUAAAACCCAUUUAAAAGCCAUUAAAACACAACAAUUGGAGCACAUGAGAGAACUGGCACAGAUCCAGACUCUCCCUUCCUCCUGGCAGCUCUCCCUUUUAAGCUGCUUCAGAGGUGAUAGCCCAAGUGAGUGCCACCGUGCAGGUAGGAGGAGGAGGCAAUGCACUGAUUGUCCUCUGCAGAGUCAGCUUUCUGGGACAAAACAGCAACAGCUGUAACAACACGAUGGCCUAGUCCACACGUAGCCGUUUUAAAAAAAAACCUGAAUAUCUACCCCUCCAAAAACUUGCAUCCACACCACCUCGUUUAAAAAAAACUCUGUCCACACGUACCCGGAUAAAUACGUUGUUAAGGACAUGCCAGACCUGUUGGCGGCAGUACUUCCCCCGUUCUUAACCUCGUCCUUCGUCUGUGGUCUUCCGCAAGGAGCAGUAAUUCCGCUUGCAAAAACAAACAAGCAAAAAGCGCUUGGACAACUGAUAAAGCGAGCGCAGCUCUGAGGGCAUCCAUGCUGUCGGCUAGUGUAAACACAGGUCGCACACGUGAUGGCAGCAUUUUUUUGUCGCGGAAAGUGACGUUGUGGACCUUAAAACUCCGGUUUUGUCUGUCCACAGGCAGACACCCAAAACUCCGGUUUUGUCUGUCCACACGCAGACACCCAAAACGGAGAAAACGCAGAUCUUCACUUUGGCCGGAGUUUUUAAAAAGAUUUGUUUUCGUGUGAAAAAACUCCGUUUUCAUGUGGAUGACAGGCCAAAACGUAGAAAAAUAUCUACGUUUUGGCAGAUCCCCGGCUACGUGUGGACAGGGCCUCAGAUGGCUAGCAAGAGCAAAACCUUAAGCCUAAGUUAUGUUUAACCCCCCUUGCCUGCUGGAGAUGGUCGCACCUUGGGGUUGUAGGACACUAAGAAGGUGAACAUCCAUUGAAUGAGACAGAGAGCGCAGGCUUGUGAUUGGUGAGGACGCCACUUCCUUUAAAUUUUUCAAGAGCAACGGCAUUGCUCCUUCUAAGCAACAAACAAAAAGAAAGCCAAAGAUAUCUAGAAUAUUUUAUUCGCUUUGCAGGUGACGGAGAAGUCCGAAGGCAAAACGUCUCCAUCAAUACACGUGUCUCUGCCAAGUGGAGCGGACAGAGAAGCAUAACUAGGCUUUAGCCAAAAUAGUGCCAAAAAAAACCCAUCCGCAACACACAUUUGUGGAUUUAUCUGAAAUUGUCUUAAUUUGUUUGAAAUUCUGUCAUUUUUUGGUAAUUUUAUGACAUUAGGAAUUUUAAAAACUGUCUUUGUUUCCAGACUCCUCAACACAGCAUGGUAACGCACCGACUGUGUAAAACUUGUAAACGAAGAUAGAAACAGAAUCCCCAAAAGCCUGCUUUGGAAAAUCCUGAAAUGCUUUUGAAAUUUCAGUGACAUCAAGCGAGGAAAAACGAGAAUCCUGUGAAAGCAUUUUAACCAUCCCAGUGUCCUAACGGGUAUGACCCCGUGAGGAAAGUUGACCAUUGAGCAGGGUUGAUGGUUUAUCCCUUGGGUCCACGUGGCAGGGGUGAGGAGUGAGCACCACCUCACCCCUGUCACGGGAUAAACCAUCAAUCCUGCUCAAUGGUCAACUUUCCUCACGGGGUCACCCAUGAAGACAGUGGGAGGGUUAAGGCAUUUUGGAAACCCCCUUGCAAAUCCAAUCCACAGUUAGUUUUCAGUAAGACUCUUGCUUAAGGUGAUGACUUUUCUCUUUGGCAUUGAGUUAACGUGCACCUACAUGCUCCAGACAAACUAACAAAGUUCUGUAGUAUGUUAUAAGACCAUCUGUCCUCCAUUUAACCUUCUAAUUUAUGUGUAAUCACCUGGGUUGCGCUGUGAAAAUCAUUGUUAUUUUGGCCUAAAUUUAUGACGCUCAAUUAAAAAAAUUCCAGCAUUUCUGCAACAAGCUGCAAGCAAAACGUUUUGAGAUCUUUUACAUAAAGCAGCAGCAGCUCCAGUGACUUCACAGAUGACGCCUGAACGCCUCAGUGAAUGACGAGGCCCACCUAAUGCAAAUACUCUUUAAAGAACAAACAACGCCAGCGGGUGCAUCUUCCAUCCUCCCAGAGAGUCUCACCGACACAGAGAACCAUGGGGCAAACCUUCACCUGCAUCUUGAUCCUGCUGAGCUUCUUCGGAGCUUUUGGUAAAUACGUUUACGUCAAGGAGGCACGGACUUGGCUUGCAGCUCAGUCGUAUUGUCGGCAAAAGUACACCGACCUGGCUCCACUCAGCAGUAAACGUGAUAUAAACUUGAUGCAGAUGGCUGGGAAUACAGAUCUCUUCAGCUGGAUCGGGAUGAAGACCACUGACGAUACUGAGAAGUGGAUGUGGUGGGGAGGUGGUAGGAUCUCCUGGAUGUUCUGGGAUUCAACUGGAACCACGAAUAUGGCCAAUUUUUACGGGUUCUCUCAAAUUCCUUUUUUCUGCUACAAUCCGAUCGUGGUAAAGCAGAGGAGCACCUGGGAGGCAGCUUGGCAGUACUGCAGGGACAACCACAACAUGCUGGCCAGCGUGGCAUCCGAGGUGGAGAUGCAGCUGAUUCAGAGGAAGUUAAACCAAGCUGGUGUCACACAACACGUCUGGAUUGGUCUGCACUUCUUCCCUGGUGAUGGGUGGCUGUGGUUGGACAAUCAGCCGCUGGGCUACGAGUCCUGGGGGUUGGGGGGAAAACCCGGGUGUCCCAGGGUUAAUCUGGAGUGUGCAGCCUUGAAGGUGAAUGGAUGGAGGGACAACAGCUCUGGAUCUACCUCCAACCCCUCUUCCUCUUUAGAAUUAGUGAACAAUCUGCUAGAUAGCGAGGGACCAGGAAGUAGUGAAGCUGCACCUCUAGAAGAAGGUGUGUGGGAAGCUACCGACUGUCAGGAGACACUAAGCUUCAUCUGCUACUAAACGUCUUUCAACGAGUUUGUUAAUGUUGAGUCAAAGAUUUGAAUUUUGAUGCUUGCCAGUAGAAAACUGGAUUUGAAAGUUUAUGUUGUGACUCUGAUGAUUGCAUUGUUUGAAUUUAACUUAAAAGUCAUAAUUAAUCAAUAAAAUUUGGUUCAACCAAAAACAACAAUCAGAACUGUAUUUUAUGUAAUUCUUUGCAUUUUUCUUAUAUUUUCAUUUUGCAUUAUUAAUAAGUAGGGAAUCUUUUUUAAAUAACAUAUAAUGCACCAUGCAUCUGUAGAGACACUGGGGGUCAUGGGUCAGCUCUCUUACCGCUGCCUCCAUAGGUGGGGCUGUUAGCGAGCCGUGCGACUUCACCGUCCUCGAAUGCCUCUCGGUAGCUGUGCAUCAGACCCUGGAAAAGAAACAACAAUUAUAUGUUUAGCCUAAAAACAAAAAUGAAUGAUUUGACCAAAAUAAUAAAAGCUUUUAUUAAGAUAAAAUAAAAUGAAGACCUUCAUUUUGAUCAAUAGGUUUCUUGUAGGACUAGAAAACAACAUUAUCAAUGGGAUCAAAAGUCCAUUUUUAUUAUACAAAGUUACAUCAAAUAUUUUAAAAAUGAGACUCUUUAGGCACGUUAAAUACAAAGUCAAUCUUUAAACUCAAUACAAUUACUAAAUAAAUGCUCUAAUUUACUAGCCUGUCAAGCCAGACUAAAUAAAUAUAUUAUUUAGUCUAGCAAAGCUCCAUUGACAGCUCUUGGUCAUGGGGCAGGCUCUACCGUUGUCUUUCAAACUUUACUCACCGCAACAGAUGUCGGUUAAAGAGGCAGUCUGCUGUUGAGGAAGGCAAAAAUGCAUCCUUUUUUUCUAAAUAAAGAACUUAAAUACAUCUAUCUGAUCCUGAUUCUAACAAAGCCCAAGUCCAAAUAGUCCAAAAUUGAUUAAAAAGCCAUUUUAAUCGAGCUGUCGCCAUCUUGUUCCACUCUGUUGCAUCACCCCACCCACCAGAUGAAUGGAGGGUCCUGAUUAGCCCACAAAGCGGAUAAAACACUGUGAUUGGUUCACAAAGCAGAUAGAGCGCAGUGAUGGACCCACCAUUAUCGACCAAUCACAGCUCUCUAUGUGCUUGAAACCCCUAUAGAAAACUGUGGAACUGUGAUUGGCCAGCCAGAAAGCUGCUAGGGGCUGCAGAGGUUCUAAUGGUGCUUUCCUAGAAUUUGGUCUAGUUCACUAGGCUACUAUUUACAGCUGUUUAAAUGUUACUAGGAUGACUGAAACCCCCUUUAAAGGUGUGGAUUACUGAAAAAAAAUGUUAAUGAUUAUUUCUAGGGAUGCACCGAUAGCGAUACUGGUAUCGGAAUCGGUGCUGAUACAGAUACCGACACCAGUAUCAAUAUCAGUAAAAAUUAACAGAUACCAGUAACCAAUACCAAUGCAGUUGCUUGAAAGUGGCUUCACUGUGACUUGUCAUUUCUGUUCACCUAAUAUUUUAGUUUUGUGAUAAUUUCUAUUAACAUAUUUUACUUUUUAUCUACCUCACAGUCAUUUCUUAAUGAAAGCAGAGAAGAAAAUAAAACCUGUAUUCCAAUUCAGAGCAUUUUUUUUUUUGUGUGUGGUAGAAGUAUCGAUAUC